GGCAGGCGCGGAGCGGCGCAAGCCCGGCGGCCGCAGGAAGGGGAGGGAAGGCAGGGCAGAGCGGGCGGCGCCAUCAUGCGCGCUCCGCCGGGGCUGGUGCGGCUGCUGGCGGCGCGGGGGUGGGGGCGGCCGCCGCGCCGCUGCCUCGGCGGCAUGGCCCGCUACGGCACGGAGCAGCGGGGGCGGCCCAACUCUCCCGAUUACCGCCUCUACUUUAAGAAUGCAGAUGGUAAAUAUAUUUCCCCAUUUCAUGACAUUCCACUGUUUGCUGGAUCUAGAGAGGAUAAAGAGAUUCCUGCAAAGAGGUCCAAGACUACUGGAAGUGAGGUCCUGUUUAAUAUGAUUGUAGAAGUACCUCGUUGGACGAAUGCAAAAAUGGAGAUUGCCACUGAGGAGCCGUUGAAUCCCAUUAAACAAGAUAUAAAGAAAGGCAAGCUUCGAUAUGUGGCAAAUAUCUUUCCUCACAAGGGUUAUAUAUGGAAUUACGGUGCCCUCCCACAGACGUGGGAAGAUCCAAGCCAUACAGAUAACAUUACAGGAUGCUGUGGGGAUAAUGAUCCUAUUGAUGUUUGUGAAAUAGGUUCAAAGAUUCGUUCUUCUGGUGAGAUUGUUCAGGUGAAAAUCUUGGGUGUCUUAGCUCUUGUUGAUGAAGGAGAGACAGAUUGGAAGAUAAUCGCUAUCAGUGCGGAUGACCCAGAAGCUCAGAAAAUCCAUGAUAUUGAUGAUGUCAGGAAGCACAAACCAGGUUACCUUGAGGCUACGGUUGACUGGUUCCGUUUAUAUAAAGUUCCUGAUGGUAAACCGGAAAACCAGUUCGCUUUUAACGGAGAAUUUAAAGACAAGGAUUUUGCUGUUGAAAUUAUUAAAUCCACCCAUGAAUACUGGAAAGCUUUGCUUCAUAAAAAAGCUGAUGGAGGUACUAUUAAGUGCAUGAAUGUUCUGGUGAGUGGCAGCCCAUUUUGUUGCAGUGAGGAGGAUGCCCGAUCGAUUGUGCAGUCGGUUUCCUGUUCAGGCGAGAAAAAUGUCCUGCAGGUCUGAUGCUUUCAUGUGCAAAUGCUAACGGAGGAGAAUUUCUUCCAUUUCAACAUAUGCUAGUUUGGAUGCCAGAAAUUAAGCAAAGUUACCAGAAAUUACAUGGAGAAAAGUACCCCCAAGUAUUACGUGUUGGGAUUUUGGGGGGUUUUUGUUUGCUUGUUUUUCUAACAUAGGCUAUGAUUGAGCCUGUGCUCCUGACCACAGGAACAUGGCAGGUAUUUUGUACGUGUGCAUGGCUGCCUGGGCAGCCAGUAUUUUGCCCCAGUGGUCCCAGUAAUUAUGCAAGUGCAGGUGUCAAAGGAGAUGCCAUCCACUGUCUGUGGAGUUAAUGUUCCAACAGCAUUUCUGGUAAGAAUAUGUUGUCCUGAGUGGCAUUUUGUGACAACCAAAUAAGGCUGUCAGUUGCAAAGAAAAGUUGGUUUAAGUCCUAAAGAAGUGCCGAACCAAACUGUUUUCCUAUUUAGGUCUCUUGCUUUCAGCGCUUCUUUAAAAGUACCUUUAUGGUUGCACACGUGAAUGUUGAUUAAUGGGACCAUAACUUUUAAAUGAAAGAAAAAAAUCAUUUUGGACUUCGAAUAUGUUUUUAGAUGUGUCAGGCAAAUAUUUACCUCCUCUGUACUUCAAAAUUUACAAUAACUUCUAGUGAGUGUUUAAAUGCAACUAAAAUUUCAAGUUCAAAAGUAUUUGGGUGGUAACAAACCUGCAAAGGAAUUUUUCCUUUGCAUUCUGUGCUGUUUGUAUUUUGAAGCAUGUAGAGUAAAUAAUCUGUUUACAUCGGCA